AUGGUGGCCGAUCCUGCGACCCGGCCUGGGUUCCCUGAGCCCCGGGCCCCCGCCCGCCGCUCGCCAGCUCAGGACUGCCCAGGGGACGCGGCGGUCCAGCCGGGGCCCCCGAGGCCGGACGUCUUGACCCCGGGCCUCUCCCGAAGUGUCCGUCCGCGGCCAGGUCCCCCAGCCGGCUCGCUCCGCGGCCUCUCUAGGAGCCGCUGGAGGUGGAAACUCGUUGGCAUUAACCCCGGGCGAGAGGGCCCCGGCCUGGGGGUGGGCGAGGACCCGGCGCCCGGGAGCCCGCGGGGCUGCCGGGGCAGUGUGUGUGCCUAUGUUCUAGGUCUCUGUCCCUCCAGAGGCCCGUCUGUCCAUUUCCCGGGCCCCGCGUCGUUGGUGCGUGUGGCCAAGGGCGAGGCGACAAGCGAGACCAAGGUCAGCGAGAAGGAGCGACGCUUCCCGGCGCCAGUGGGGGCGGUGUCUAGCUCCCUCCCCGACCGGGCCUCCGGGUCAGCGCCGGGCGCGCCUCGGGAACAGAGAUGGACUCCCCUUGGCCUCGCCGAGUCCCUGGGCCUGGGACCCCCUCCUGGAACUCCGCUUCCCACCACCUGCACGCCCACUCGUGUUCCUCCGGCCCCCGCCCCGCUCUGCUCUCCCGAUCCCCCUCCUCCCUCCGGGAGGGCUAGGAUCGUUGCCAAGGAGACAGUCCCGCCCCGGUUCCCAGAGGCACCGCUUCUCCGCUCCAGGAAGCCCGGCGGUUGGCCGAUGGGGCUCCUGCUCUCGCCGCCCCGCCUCCUCCAACCCAGCGGACGGCGGGGCGCUAAUGGUCGCCAGGGAACGCCAGGCGCCUUCCUGAUUGGCCGGGGUCGCUCCGGUCGAGUCCGCCUUCCCUGUCCGCCAGAAGAGCCUGCAGGAGGUAGUGAGAGAGUGGUGCCUCAGGCGUCUCCCCUCCAGCCGGACCUGUCCCUUCAAAACUUUUCCCGCCCCCACUUACCCUCCAUUAUGUUUUAUGAAAACCAGGAGAUAAGAGGAUAGACACCCUUCCUCCUUGUCUGCCCCACACCCCUUGUCUCUCGCCUCCACCUUCCCCAGCGCCUGAGAUUAACUCAAUCCUUGGCAGUCUUAGUCCCUAGUUCCCGGAUUUCCUCACAGGGAGGCAGGAUUCCUUCCAGGUGAUGGUGAUACAGAGGAGAAAUGGACAGAGAGAACCAUCUGGUCUUCCAGGCAUCUAACAACGCUCCAGUCUUGUCUGACUCGAAUGGAGGCUUGCCGAGGAAGAGAACCUGAGAAACACUGCCUCGGGUGCAUCUUUGAAUUGAGAAAGUGAGCCUGGACAGACAACUUAAUAUCAUCCAGUUCUUGUCUUUUGGCUACCCUUCGUGCUGAAACAAGUUGGGCAGCGUUCUUGACAGUUAAUGAGCCUGAUGCCCCUGUGUGAUGCAGGAGCCACGGAUUGUGUUUUUCUGUCGCCUACCCAGACAAAUGAAAGGAAGAGCCUGGGAGGAAGGAUGGCCUUUUCUAUUCUCUUGAGAAGGGAUGAGAACAAGAACUUGGAGAAGGCCAAGUGGUAAAAAGUGGAGAGCGGCGGGGCGCGGUGGCUCACGCCUGUAAUCCCAGCACUUUGGAAG